UUUGGAGGUGUUUCGCCUGGCGGCAGAUUCAUAUCACCAUUUGCUCAACGCGGAGUUGCAUAUUAACGAAUGGGUGCAGGAACAGUAAGCAGUUAUUUCUGACCAAUUAGAAUCCUUGCCUAUGAAUAAAUGAUAAUUCCUUUCAGCUUGAGCUUGGCAGAGCCGCUGUUCCGAUUCAUCAGUGUUUAUCUGGAGCCUGGAACACUGUUCAAUGUGCUGAUUCCUUUGAUGGGAAUCCUCAGUCAAGGUUUGCUGACGCAGUUGCUCUACAUGAUUACCGUGGUCAGCACAGUCAGUUCCCUAGAGAAAUGGAUAUAUCCGGAAUUGCGCCCGCUUUGGUGGCUACGCGAACUCUACGCAAAUGGGAAUAGAAAUGCCAUCAGAUCGGGCAUCGCUCUUCAAAGUCACGAUCUGAGCUGCGAGACAAGUGGCGGUCUGCCGUGUGCUCAUUCCAUGUCCUUGAUGGCAUUCCUCGUCAUACUCAGCUCACACCUGUCGCUCUCGAGCGGCUGUCGAAAACGCAAAGUCCUUCUGUAUAGCCUCGUUGGCUGCUGCAUGAUGAGUGUGUGGCUGAGUCGCCUCUAUCUGGCCACCGAGUUCCUGCAUCAGUGUUUGCUGGGCAGUUACAUUGCCAUCAGCACCUUGAGCAACAUCGAUAGGCACUUGGAUUACUUGAGAAGCCGUCGACGAAUCCAUCUAGUUGCCAUAGUUCUUCUACUUGGCAGCCUGGCAACUGCUGUGUAUUUUAUAAAGCUGCGUCUCGGCUUCGAUCCGCAUUGGUCUGUGCGGCAGGCUUUCAAGUGGUGUCCAGAACCCACUUAUAUGCGGCAUGAAGGAAGUCCCAUAUUUCUGCUGACACGAGAUCUGGGCAAUUUGAUGGGCGUGGCUUUAUCAGUGCCUCUGGAAUUAAAACCAAGAAAAUCAUCUUUAUCUCGACGCUUUGGGGGCAUUCUCUUGUGGAGAUUUUCCAACCAUAUUCUCCGUCUUUAUACACCCAAACAACAUGGACGCUUUGCCUUCUUGGCAUUUGAAUUUAGUCGUAAUGCACUUCACUCCCUGACAUUAAUCAAAAUCUUACCAAAAUUGAUUAAGGAAAAAGUUGCGUAGGCUUAUAGGCAAUAGCUCAAUUUUCCAUUUAUGUAAGGUCUAAUCUAAGUUGUAAGAUAGUAUAAGUUUUGAAAAA